CGUUCAUCUUUCAAAAUCAAAAUCCUGCUUGAGCCUGUCUUUUGCCCAUGCUUACUUACCAAAGCUGCGACUUCGAAAUAGAAGGCAAUGUAAUUUGAUUAAGGUAACGGACUAAUUUCAUUCAGCACCCACUGCCUCCUCAAGCCAAAAACACGGGAUUGGCGACUAGUCAGUGUCACGGUCAUUGUGAAGUAAUAAAGUCGAUUAGUCUCUCCAACCCUGACAGAGUACCUGAAGAAAACCCAGGCAAGCACGUGGAGGAUAUGAAAAGUUCACACAGGAAGCCCGGAAAUGCAGCCCUAUGGGGGGCACAAGCCAGUGCAAACUGGAGGCCGGUCCCAAGCCCGGAUAAAUGCACAGGGUUGCGUCAGGAAGGGCAUCCGGCUUAAAACUUUGCCAAACAAAUGUGAGCGUUCGUGGCCCGGGUUAACAAAGUCCGCCACCGGACUGUUGGAAAUUCAGCUACUGUGGGUCGAAGAAGAAGAAGAAGAAGAAGAAGAAGAAGAAGAAGAGGUGAAAAGCGGGUUCUUCGGCAGAAAGAGAAGAGGAAAGCACGGAGCCUAGAACUGAAUGUGGGGACUUUGAAUGUUGGGACUAUGACAGGAAAAUCUCUGGAGUUGAAUGACAUGAUGAGUAGGAGAAAGGUUGAUAUAUUGUGUGUCCAGGAGACCAGGUGGAAAGGCAGUCAGGCUAGAAGUUUAGGGGCAGGGUUGAAAUUAUUUUACUAUGGUGUAGAUGGGAAGAGAAAAGGAUGUUAGAAUAAUACAGGUUUGGACACGUCCAGAGGAGAAAUAGUGAGUAGAUUGGUAGAAGGAUGAUGAUGAGAAUGGAGCUGCCAGGCAAGAGAACGAGAGGAAGAGCCAAGAGAAGGUUGAUGGAUGUCGUGAGGGAAGACAUGAGGGCCGUUGGCGUUGGAGAGGAGGAUGCAGGAGAUAGGCUCUCAUGGAAAAGGAGGACGCGCUGCGGCGACCCCUAAAGGGACAAGCCCAAAGGGAAAGAAGAAGAAGAAGACACAGGGAGGCCGGAUCUGAGAUUAGAACCGCAGGAUUGCGAGGCCGACGCGCUAAUCACUUGUUCCACUGUGCUGCCCUAACAGCAAUAUGAUGAUUUCAAACCAAACCGUCGCUCGGUGAAUCCGCCUUGUCGCCGUUACCCCGAGUGCUUGCAAAGCUCAUUAGCCGGGCUUUCUUGAAGUAGGGUGCGCCCUGGAGAUCAACCGGUUGCCAUAGCGAUGAGAGAAAUGCACAUCCGCCUCACAACGUGGGGUGAGGGGGUGGGGUGGACGCUAAGCGAAGAGUUCGGCAUUAGCAUAGUAGCCACUUUUGAGCCAAUGGGGUUGCAGAACCUCCGCGAGGGGACUGUCUUGGACAAUAGCCGCCUUCCUCCUCUUGUUCUUCUUCCACUCUCUCUCUCUCUCUCUCUCUCUCCCCCUUCCAAGGGUAAGAAACUCCUUAAUCGCAACGGAAGUCUCCACUUCUUUUCUUCAAAAUAUGUUGUAGAUAUCACGGAGUUUGUGGGCGGCACAAUGGAUGCGCUCUCACCUUGUUAACCAAGUUGCUCUCGAUGUUGUCGUGUUUGGGAUCGUGUGUCCUCCUGUUUGGAAUAUGAAAAUGGUGGACAUUGUAGCUCACAAAAUGCCCUCAGAGAAUGACGUGCAUGUGGCCCGAAGCUUCCUUACCAAGAUUUUGCGAAGUUCCAUGAGAAAGAACCACUUCAUAGGGCGCAGUGAACCCAUAAGCAGGCCGCACUCCUGGCACUCCACUAAGUUCAACGAAGGCCAGUCCGAGUCAGCCAAAACGCAGCCGUCUCCACCCUCGGCGGUAGUGUGGCACACCUCGUACGAUGCGAGUUCAUCAUCAACUGACCUCUCCUCCGGUUGGGAGCAAACCAACCUCUGCAGGGUUUCCGAUCAGUUCAGCUCUCUUGGCAGCAUGGACAGCCUUGAGCACGUCCCCCACCCGUACCUGGCCGGUCAGCUGUCCCCAGCCAAGUCCAACAACAGUAUGGAGCACCUCGGCGGCGGCGGCAAACGAGACUCUGCAUACAGCUCCUUCUCCACGAGCUCUGGCACUCCAGACUUCACGCUUUCCAAGAGCAACGCCGCUUCCACCGAGAACGUCCUGUACAAAGUCAGCCAGUGGGAUGCCGCAGCCAGGCCCAUCAAUGGCAGGAUCGGCCCAAGUAUGAUAGAGGGAGUCAAACAGGACGACAGGCUGACGAACUCUCAGAUGCCGGGAGGCUGCGACAGCCCCCAAAUCGACGACCAGGCUGACUCCCGCCACUGUGCUUCUGGUAGAACGAGUUACGGACCAGUAUGGCACGUUCCUGAGAAAAAGAAGACCUCCUCCCCUUCACCUCCACCGCCGCCCCCACCGGCUCGCAGUGACAGUUUUGCAGCCACCAAGGAGCGAGGGCUCGCCGUAGCUAACCCUGAGCCCAAUUCACGCAUCCCAGUAAAGCCCUCCGUUGAAGAUCGCAGUGGCCAGAACCCAUCCCCGAAAAACGACAAGGCUAGUUUUUACUCUCACGGGCAAUUCAGCUCAAACAAGCAGCACUCCCUCUCCAGCUGUGAUGUCCGGCAAGGUCAUCCCGCACAUCAUAGACACCAUGGCGACAAAAGUACUUUUCCCGCACAAGCGUUUCCCGCUACUGCUCCCCAGCCGCUAAACGUCGGGGGCUACUUCUCCAGCAUGCAGGAGCUCCCCACUAACGGUUCUGCUCAACCCGCCGGCCAGAACCUGAGGAGGAAUUUAAGCACAUCUCAAGCGAUUGCUCCCAAAGACCCAAUUAUUGACAGCAGCGGGCACAGCCGGUACUACUGUGUCACUACAUGUCAGCCUACUUCGGGGAAACCGGACGACAGGAAAAGUUCUGACACCCUCAACUUGGCCCAGAUUGGAAAUGAGCAAAAUUCUCUUAGCCCACAAGUAGUCACCAAAGCAAAAUAUCAUCUUUCUCCACAACAGCAGUACUCCUCGAACGGUAGAGAGACUAACGGAUACGGCAAACACCAUGCUACCUCUGCUCUCGACACCGUGCCCCCUAAAGCCACUGGUGACGACCUCAGGAGCCAGAGGGGACAAAGUUUACAACAUGAAGAGGCUCCGUACACAAGUUGUCCCCCGAUCAGACUCUCUGAGCAACGGCGGUCCCUUCCUCUGCAGCACAGAGAAUUCAAACAAGAUACGAGACACCACAGCCAGGCCAGCGAGAACAUUUGCCCAAAGGCUACGCCCAUGCUCCAUUCGUUGUCCAUGGAUGCCAAGGGCGAGACCUCGAAAGGCGCCAACCCGGCGGAGACGGUCGAGUCCAAACAGAUGCGACGCAACGACCGCUUUGCCACCACCCUAAAGAGCGAAAUUCAGAUGAGGAGAGCCAAGCUGCAGAAGAGUAAGAGUGCGGCGACUCUGCCCGACGAGAACCAAGACAACCAGUCUAAUCAGAGCUCCACCCCCAGGUUGGCAGACAGCCCCUUCACAAACACCUACAAGGACAACUUGAAGGAAGCACAAGCUCGGGUGCUUAAAGCUACUUCCUUUAGGAGGAAAGAUCUGGAGCCUGUGUUGGUGGAACACCCGUCAGCUGAAGCCAUACCCAGUUACCCGUCCUCAGUGAUGGCGAAGAAAGAUGUCACUCCUCUUCCGACACUGUCGGAGGGCGGCGCCAGUAAAUCUGGGCCUUUGCGCAUUGGUGGACGAAAGCGCUUUGCAGCCGAAAAGAAGGGAAGGUCCUUCUCUGAACCGGACAAAAUCCAUGAAGUCGGAGUACAAGAAGAAGAAGAAGAAGAAGAAGAAAACACAAGCUCUUCCCAGGACCAACAAAAUAGAAAAUUGACUGACCCCAAUCCCAGCAGUUCCACGGUCCGAGGUUCUCCCGGUGAAACGGAAACCGCGCUGAAAGGGACAAGAAGCAGGGACGGCGCCCAGAGUGGUCCAACGUACUCCCUUCUGGACCAGCAACGAUUAGGCACCUUUGCCGAGUACGAGGCCAGGUGGAACGUCCAGAAGAAACCUCCAGAGACGAGGGCCUCUGGACUAUUCCGGUCCGCCGACAACAUUCUGGAUCCUGGCUCGGAGGAGAGGGUGAAACCUGCCUGUUUCCACGAGAGGUCCCGAUCUUCACCCUCUGCUGACUUCUACGGACAGACAACUCAUGUCCCCGCAAUAACACCGGAGAAGCAAAAUUCCCAGAUGGACGUUCAACCUGCUGGGUCACUCAACUCUGCCUCAAGCCGGCCGGAGGACUGCAAAGUGAGAGAGAAGCCUGCCGAGUGCGAGCGACCUCCUCCGGCGACGGGACACGGUUUCUCUACGACGACUACAGCCGCCGUCGACCGCAGAGCGGCGGAGCCGAGCCGCUCUCGGGUCACGGAGCGCGCCGAGCCUCCCCCGCCCAGAUGCCCCGACGACAACCCCGACGAGUCGACGCUUGUCCAAAGUCACGCCCCGACCGGCGAGGCUAAAAAGGCAGACGGCAAAGCGCGAGUCGGCGCAGUAGCGCGUCACACGCCGGCGCCCGCUUCCUCCUACCGGACGCCGGCUGCCAUGGAGGCGCGGCGCUCUCCUUCCCCGCAGUUUUCCCUGCAGCGACUCAGCGACAAGCCUCCUGUCUCACUGCAGGACCGAGACUCUAACGGGAUGGAAAACGGGACGGAAAAGCCAAGCAGCGUGGUGAAGAAAGUUCCCGUCAGGAUCGUGCGCUCGGAGGGAAUGCCGGAGAAGGAGAACGCGGGGACCUUUCCGCGAGCCGACGAGGCAUCUGUGGCCGCAACGGGGGGUCCUGAUAUUAGCAAGCUCGGCAGCUUGGGAGCCGGCGGACAGGAUUCGGUCUUCUGCGCUUUCACCCGGCAGAAAGAACCCGACGAACCCGGUGUGACUUGGGAGGAGCCCAAGACGGACGCGACCCCGAGAAUGUCGGAGGAGCAGAAGAGAGAGGAGCUGGCCCGCGACAUCAUGGACAAGGACAAGUCGCUGGCUGACAUCCUGGACCAGAGCAAGAUGAAGACUACCAUGGACCUGAUGGAGGGCCUGUUUCCACAGGGCGAGCAGCUGCUGGAAGGAGCUCACCAGCGCAGGAAAGCGCCCCCCAAACCCCCCAAUGCCGCCCGGCACGCUGAGGAAAGGGAGAAGGAGGACAGUAUGGCGGCGGUUGCCAUGGUGACCAGCUCCGCGUACUACAGCACGUCGGCCCCCAAAGCCGAGCUUCUCAUCAAGAUGAAAGACAUGCAGGAGCAUAACGAGGACUACGACGACUCGGAGGACGAACUGGACAUGGAUCUGGCCAACAAGAAGGCCUUUGAUCUGGUGCAGCAAGAACUGAUGGACAGCCUGAGCAAGAAGCUGCAGGUCCUGCGCGAGGCCCGCCAGAGCCUGCAGGAGGACGUGCUGGACAACAACGCGCUGGGAGACGAGGUGGAGGCGCGCGUCCAGCAGGUGUGCAAGCCCAACGAGCUGGACAAGUUCCGCAUGUUCGCGGGCGACCUGGACAAGGUGGUGAGCCUGCUCCUGUCGCUGUCGGGCCGCCUGGCCAGGGUGGAGAACGCCCUCAACGGUCUGGACGAGGACGCCGCGCCCGAGGAGAGACGCACGCUGACGGAGAAGCGCAAGCUGCUGAUCCGGCAGCACGAGGACGCCAAGGAGCUGAAGGACAACCUGGACCGUCGCGAACGGGCCGUCUACGACAUCCUGGCCAGUUACCUGCCCGAGGACGGCAUGGCCGACUACGAGCACUUUGUCAAGAUGAAGUCGGCGCUCAUCAUUGAGCAGCGCAAGCUGGAGGACAAAAUCAAGCUGGGCGAAGAGCAGCUCAAGUGCCUGCUGGACAGUCUGCCCAUUGAGCAGCGCUUGGACUUUUGAGACGCGCGAAGUGCACCUCGCGUCCACCGGGGGCCGCCAGAGACUUAAGUAUUUCCCAGUCGGCCCCGGCAGAACUCCCUUGAGAAAAAUGCUGCUUGUUCCUGGCACCUGCGUUGAAUACAGUGAACCCCUGUUUAUCGUGAGGGGUACAUUGCAGACCCACCCAUGAUACAGGAAAUUCCCACGACAUAUACAAAACGUUUUGGCUUUGUAAAACAAAAGAGAAGUCGACAUUGUACAGUGGUGCCUUGAGAUACAAGUGCCCCAAUUUGUAUUUAUUGAAAUGUUUAGUACGGUGGCACGGUGGACGACCGGUUAGAGCGUCUGCCUCACAGUUCUGAGGACCGGGGUUCAAUCCCCGGCCCCGCCUUUGUGGAGUUUGCAUGUUCUCCCCGUGCCUGCGUGGGUUUCCUCCCACAUCCCAAAAACAUGCAUGGUAGGUUCACUGAGGACUCUAAAUUGCCCGUAGGUGUGAAGGGGAGUGCGAAUGGUUGUUUGUUUAUGUGUGCCCUGCGAUCGGCUGGCAACCGCUUCAGGGUGUAACCCCGCCUCCUAACCAAUGAUAGGUGGGAUAGGCUCCGGCACUCCCGCGGCCCUCGUAAGGCUGAGCGGCUCCGAAAAUGGAUGGAUGGAUGUUACCGUCCAACUCAACGUAAAACAAAAUAGAAUUUCACAUUGUGUAUUCAAAACAACCGCAUAACUUUGCCUUCCGCUAGCUUAAUGCUAACACCCAAUGCAAAAGGCCAUAGACGGGCUAAUGAAUAGCAUCGAUAGUGGUGCUGUUACAAUUCUUUAAGCGACGGAUAUUUGAACACAAACGGUGGAUCGACACAUAGGUAGACAAUAUAACAAUACUCCCAGGCAUAUAUUAUUUUAUCCUCUGUGAAAAACGACUAAUAUUACUGCAGCUUACUGCGUUACAGUAUCUUUGACACGAUUCUUCGUUCGUGUCUGCAAUCCAUGACACAACUCCAAAUUUGCCAGACAACUGUAAAAACCCAUUUAAAAAAAAAUACAAAAUCAGCCAUUACGGCAAGGACGUACACGGCGAUACACCGGGGGUUCACUGUAUCUUUUUUUUAUUUAAUUUUUUUUAGUAAUUUAUUGUAGCCUUUGGAUUGGCACAGCAGACGGACAACUUUUUUGCGCUUUUUUGCCGCCACGUGACCUCGAAAUAACCACUAUUUAUCAUCUUUUCAUGCCACGCAUUUCAUUUUUUUUUUGUCAACAGUUAGUGGCCUUGAAGCGAGAUCCCCGUGUGACUGCCUCCCCCUUGUUGUUGACAAUUUAGAGAGCACUUGGCCACACAAGAGACGCACUUGACAUUCAGCGACAAGUGCCUGCCGCCCGGCGCCCACCGCACUGACGCCAACGUCCUCCCAAGGCCGUGCUAAAUUGAAGAAAUGUUUAUUGUUCUAUGUUAUGAACACCUGUGACUUUUUAUAACAGUUCCUCCGAGUUUUUUAGAAUUGCAAAGUGGUACAUGUCCCACGGGCUGUACGUUUCGCACCCCUGUUUUCAAGGCCCUCCUGUGCGUCGUUUUCACUCAGACAUUAGUUGCCACACCAGAAGCAUUCCCAACCUGCUUGAAGAUUAAAUCCAACUGUCAAAAAAAAUC